GGGGCAGGCCGGCGGCGGUGCGCGGGGGCGGGGCGGGCGGGCAGCGCCCCCCCCGGCGGUGACAGUUUCUAGAAGCACGUCCCGGCGGCCUUUGCGCUCGCAACAUGGAGGAGCUGACGGUGGAAGUGCGCGGCUCCAACGGGGCCUUCUACAAGGGAUUUAUCAAAGAUGUUCAUGAGGAUUCACUCACAGUUGUAUUUGAAAACAAUUGGCAACCGGAGCGCCAGGUACCCUUUAAUGAAGUCAGAUUACCCCCACCCCCUGAUAUCAAGAAAGAAAUUGGUGAAGGAGAUGAAGUGGAGGUUUAUUCCAGAGCAAAUGAUCAAGAACCUUGUGGCUGGUGGCUGGCAAAAGUUCGAAUGAUGAAAGGAGAGUUUUAUGUCAUUGAAUAUGCUGCUUGUGAUGCCACUUACAAUGAAAUUGUCACUUACGAAAGACUCCGACCUGUGAAUCAAAAUAAAACUGUCAAAAAGAAUACCUUUUUCAAAUGCACAGUGGAUGUCCCUGAAGAUCUGAGAGAUGCAUGUGCUAAUGAAAAUGCACAUAAAGAUUUCAAGAAAGCUGUAGGAGCAUGUCGAAUUUUCUAUCAUGCUGAAACUGCUCAACUAAUAAUACUUUCUGCCAGUGAAGCAACAGUGAAGAGAGUGAAUAUUCUGAGUGACAUGCAUUUGCGCAGCAUUCGUACCAAACUUAUGCUUAUGUCAAGAAACGAAGAAGCUACAAAACACUUAGAAUGCACAAAACAGCUUGCUGCGGCAUUUCAUGAGGAAUUUGUGGUCAGAGAAGAUCUAAUGGGACUUGCUAUAGGAACACAUGGCAGUAACAUACAACAAGCCAGAAAGGUUCCAGGAGUUACUGCAAUUGAACUUGAGGAGGAUACUGGUACUUUCAGAAUCUAUGGGGAGACUGCCGAUGCAGUAAAAAAGGCUAGAAGUUACUUGGAAUUUGUGGAGGAUUUUAUUCAGGUUCCCAGAAAUCUUGUUGGAAAAGUUAUUGGAAAAAAUGGAAAAGUGAUUCAGGAGAUUGUAGACAAGUCUGGAGUCGUCAGGGUGAGAAUUGAAGGAGAUAAUGAAAAUAAACUGCCACGUGAAGAUGGAAUGGUACCAUUUGUAUUUGUGGGUACUAAGGAGAGCAUUGGAAAUGUCCAAGUUCUUUUAGAGUACCACAUUGCGUAUCUAAAGGAGGUCGAGCAAUUAAGACUGGAACGGCUCCAGAUUGAUGAACAAUUGCGUCAGAUUGGUAUGGGUUUCAGACCUUCCUCUGCUAGAGUUCCAGAAAAAGAAAAGGGUUAUACGACUGAUGAGAGUACCCUCUCCUCAGUACAAGGUUCCAGAUCAUACAGUGGAAGAGGGAGAGGCCGCAGAGGCCCCAAUUACACAUCAGGUUACGGUACAAACUCUGAGCUCUCUAAUCCCUCUGAAACAGAAUCUGAGAGAAAAGAUGAACUUAGUGACUGGUCCUUGGCAGGAGAAGAUGACAGAGAAAGCAGACAUCAGCGUGAUAAUAGACGACGUCCUGGAGGACGAGGACGCAGCGUAUCCGGAGGUCGUGGACGUGGUGGACCUCGUGGUGGCAAGUCAUCUAUUAGCUCUGUGCUUAAAGAUCCGGACAGCAACCCUUACAGCUUACUUGAUAAUACAGAGUCAGACCAGACUGUGGAUACUGAUGCUAGUGAAUCUCACCACAGUAGUAACCGCCGCAGGAGGUCGCGCAGGCGACGGACUGAUGAAGAUGCUGUUCUAAUGGAUGGAAUGACAGAGUCUGAUACAGCUUCUGUUAAUGAGAAUGGUUUAGAUGAUAGUGACAAAAAACCCCAGCGACGCAAUCGUAGCCGCAGGCGUCGCUUCAGGGGUCAGGCAGAAGAUAGACAGCCAGUAACAGUAGCUGAUUAUAUAUCACGAGCUGAAUCUCAAAGUAGACAGAGAAACCCUCCAAAGGAGACACUAGCCAAAACCAAGAAAGAAGCGGCAAAAGAUGCAAUUGACGAAAACUGCCCUUCCGAAAAGGCAGUGAAUGGUCCUGCUACAACUGCUGGGGAUGAGCCUUCUAAAUUACAGCACAGUCCUGAUGAAAAGAAAGUUACUGUUCAAGAGGAGGGAAAUAAUCAGGAAGAAGCAGUGCUGAAUGGUGUUUCAUAAACUGAAGUUCCUAGUUUACAGUUCUUCUACAUUACAUUUAAAAUAGUGCUUGUAUAAGCUUGCCAAAGAUAGAAUAUGGAUCGCCAGUCUUGACACCGCACUUUCAGUUCCUCCAUUUUGGAAUACAGAAAGGGGAGGGAUCCUGAAGAAAUCAUAUGUUAAACAUACUUUGACACCUACUGUGUUAUAAAUAUAUCAUCAGAUGUGCCUUGAGAUAGUAUAUGUAACAUUUAAAUAAACAGAAUUGCUGGCUAUAGGAAA